CCUGCCCUAAAAAACUGUCACGGUGGACAUUUCUACGUAUGUAUCUAUGUUCAUACAUACGUACAUAUGUACGCACCUUCUUUUGACCGAGACACAACAGACAAUUGAACAUUUUGCAAAUUUGGUAGUCAUCGUUCUCCUUUCACCAGCCGUACAUAAGUAGUCCUGCGAAAUUCCGUUCUCCACAAAGAACACAUCACAAUCUGCUAAACUCACAAAUUUCUAGUAAUUCUUACUCGUAUGUACUCUCGAGACCGUGACUAUCUGAUUGUGGAAAACUGAGUUGGCCUCUUUUGUUCAUUAUUGAAUUACUACGAGCAUUGAUGUGUCCAUCAUUUCAUUUCAUCACAUUAAGCACGUCGUAUUUUCUUUCUCGAUAAAAGCAUUUCCAACUCGAUUCAUCACCAUUCCUUUAGUUCGAUGACAUGCCACGUGCGAAUGUCUCUCCACCUCCUCCUUCUAAGCAAUUAUUUGCUCCUACAAGUUCACACAAUUGAGCCAAUACCUCUUUGGAAAGCCAUCGAAAAGGCAAUAUCCUUGGAGAAAGUGGACAAACGAGAGUGCACCAGGAUUAUUUUAUACAACACAGCAGCCGAGAGGUAUGUGCUCGACGGGAAUAUUACAGAGAGCAAGUAUAUUUUCGUCAAAAUUGAUUUCGACUCGUCUUUUGCGAGCACGGACAUUUUGGACCAAGUGCAAAGAACCACAAAUGAUACCAUCAAAAAAGCGAUAGACAAAAGAAGUAUGCACUGUUUCUUGGCCAUCAGCAUGGUGAAUACUUCACAGGAAGUUGUGGACAUGGAGAGCCAGCGGAUGAGUCCGACUGAAAUGCAGGAAAAAAAGUUGGGCUACAGCCUGGAACUGAUCAAGUUGCUACAAUUCAAGAGUCCGGUCAACCAAAGGAGCUUAAUCCUCGUGAGGUACGGAAACAGUUCGACCGACUUUGGGCAGUGUCGCAAGAGCAUUUACCAGCGAUACCCAGUGCGACUGGUGCCUCUAUGGGAGCAAGCCCUGUUCGACUUCUUUCCCAGCGCCCUCGCCAUACACGCCGUUACGUCGGACAAGGUGGUGCAGACGAGGAGAGAGGAGGGGAACCUGCUCUGGAUGUGCGAGGAUAUCGUCAAGAGAAUCAACGACGAGAAGGACUGCAUGAGUAACAUGACGAAAGCCUGUGAGGCCAAGAAGGUCAAUGGGGAGUUUUCAACCGUUUCUUUCAACAUGACCACUUGCAAGGGAUACACUCCGCGGAUGUAACUUCGAAAUAAAUAAUAAUAUGUAAUAUGUAAUAUCCCCAUUGGCUUAUCUCCCAUUGGAUCUUCUACAUAAAUAUUUCAGUUCUGUAAUUAUGUAACUAUAGGUAAAUGGGAACCCAAAAACUACUGUUUGAUUUGAUUUGAUUUAAACCUUUAUUCACGUGUUAAUAGUUAUCAGUUUACAAAACUGGUUUAAAAACCUACUCCAAGCAACUUCGCGGGGCCUUUUAAGACGGCAUUAUUACAUAAAAGCCAGACUCUAAUGAACGAUUGGCAUAUAAUUUUUAGCCCGAACUAGGGCUUAUGUAAUCGACCUGUCCGUCUGUCUGUCUUUCCAUAACUCUCGAAGGAGUAGGCUGAUUUUUACCAAAUUUGAUACAGACAUGCAUCUGGGCAACGACCGAGUUCGAAGAUGG